CAGCAGGGCAUACUGAGACAUCACUGGGUUCACAGGCGGAGACAGGAGGGGAAAUGUAGACAGUGUGGAAAGAGUUUUCAACAGAAGUUCUUCCACAGUAAAGAAAUAAUCGCAAUCAGUUGUUCCUGGUGUAAACAGGCGUUCCACAAUAAGGUGACGUGUUUCAUGCUGCAUCAGAUCGAGGAGCCGUGUUCACUGGGGGCCCACGCCGGAGUCAUAGUACCCCCUUCCUGGAUCAUCAAAGUCAGGAAACCACAGAGCUCGCUUAAGAACUCUGCCAGGAGGAAAAAGCGGACAUCUUUCAAACGAAGGACAAGCAAGAAGGGACUGGAUGAGUCUAAAUGGCGCCCGUUCAUGUUGAAGCCCCUCCCUUCCCCUCUCAUGAAGCCCAUUUUGGUUUUUGUCAAUCCAAAGAGUGGAGGAAACCAGGGUUUCAAGGUGUUGCAGAUGUUCAUGUGGAUCCUGAACCCUCGACAAGUAUUUGACCUGUCACAGGGGGGGCUGCGAGAGGCGUAA